UUAGUUAAAGUGCAGCAGCUGUGAAGAGCGGACGUGUGCAGUUCAUCCUCCGCCUACUUAAACAAUUUUACAUAGAGUUCCAAGCAAACCAAGUGACAUCAGAGAUCAUGAGCUCAUCGUGGCAGCUGUUCAGCUGGGCAGCGCUGAUACUGGCUCUCUGCGGUGUGGGCGAGUCGCAGUUCAAGACGGCGGGCAUCAAGACGCGUCAACCUGUACAGGUGGCCGGCAAUCUACAGCUGUCCAGCAAUGCCAGCAGCGAGCAGAUCCAGACGCAAUAUGGCAGCUAUGGCAGCUACGCCAAUUUUGUGCCCGCCGAGACUUAUCAGGGCCCAGCCGGACACUACGUCCAGUCCCUCGACCAGGUGACGCGAGCUCCGCAGGUGCUCGAUGAGACGGCGCUGUUCAUCAAUAAAACCCGUUCGGCUAUGGCCAGCGGCAUCUGCUACAAGGAAGUUCCAACCGCCUCGUUGUUGCACGGCUCUAGGGAAAAGUAUGUUGGCAACGGCACCACCCCGGACCUCAGUCAGAUUCAGGUGUGCUGCGAGGGCUACGAGCGCAAUCCCCAUAUUUAUCGACGCUGCGAGCCGGUUUGCGAGGACGACUGCCCCAAUGGCAUAUGCACGGCACCCAAUACCUGUGUAUGCAUGCCAGGACAUGUGAGAACCGUUGAGGGUAAAUGCAUCUCCACCUGCCCACUCGGCUGCGGCAAUGGCGUGUGCGACGAUCAGAACGAGUGCCGCUGCCGUGAAGGCUACACACUGGACCCUGUAAGUCGCAAGUACUGCCUGCCGGAAUGUAAUCCGGGCUGCACCAACGGCCGCUGUGUGGCGCCCAACAAAUGCGACUGCCUGCACGGCUAUCGUCGUGCCGCCGAUGGCAGCUGUGCUCCCGUCUGCGAUAGCUGCGAAAAUGGCCAAUGCACAGCGCCAGGACAAUGCAGCUGCCACUCGGGCUACCAGCAGCUGCAAGGACGCUGCGAACCCGUUUGCGAGCAACCCUGCAAGAACGGCGGCCGUUGCAUUGCGCCCAAUACCUGUGAAUGUGCGCCCGGCUACGAUUGGGAGCGAAAGAGCGGAUCGUGUGUGCCCCACUGUGAUGCAGCCUGCCUGAAUGGUGUCUGCAUAGGCCAGAAUCAGUGUGAGUGCAAGCCAGGCUAUGUCUUGGAUGAGCAUCAGCGCAACAUCUGCCAGCCGCAUUGUCCGCAGGGCUGCCCCAAUGGCUUCUGCAGUGCGCCCAACUUUUGCAUCUGCAAGCCGGGUUUCAUCAAGAGCGGCAUCAAGGGACGUCAGAGCUGUCAGCCCGUUUAAUUUUCGAUUGUUUUGCACUUUUCAAAUGUCACUUAAAUCUACGACCAAUUAAACAAACGUCCAAUCAGCGCA